AUGCAUUUUUCCAAGCUUUUGGCCGUCGCCAGUCUCGCGACUGUGGCCCUCGCCCACCCCGGGCCUCACGCUCACAUUUCUAAAAAGGAAGUGGCUCGCCGAGAUGGGCUUUCCAAACGCUGUGCUAGCCACGUUGCACGUUUCAAUGAGAAACGCUGGAAGCGGAACACCUUCGGUAAACGUUCCCGCGGUAACACCACCGUGCACAUUCAAACCGAAGCACCUUAUUACGACGUCAUCCAGAAUGAUACCUGCGUGUUGACCCCUGAAGUCACCGAGGGACCGUAUGUCUGGCCGCGCUCCCAAACCCUCCGUCAGGAUAUGACCGAGGAUCAGCCCGGCGUCCCCCUGUGGCUGGAUGUUGGUGUGCUGGACAUGGCUACCUGUGAGCCUUUGGAGGGUGUUCUGGUCGACUUUUGGCACUGCAAUGGCACCGGAAGCUACUCCAGCUUCACGGGACUGUCUCCUAAUACCGCUUUCCCGACGCUCCUGGAACAACUCAACAUCACUGAUUUCGAAAUUGGCACCACGGACAUCCACACUGACAACACCACCUUCUUGCGUGGAAUGUGGCCGACUGACGCCAACGGCAUGAUGGAAAUGAAGACCAUUUUCCCAGGAUUUUACAUUGAAAGAGCCAUCCACAUCCAUGUGCAAGUUCACACCGACUGGACUAUCCGUGGAAACGGCACCAUCGCCUACGGUAACACAGUCAGCACCGGUCAGGUAUACUUUGAAGAGGAGCUUGAGGCGAAGAUCAUGGCUUUGGAGCCCUAUGCCUCACACACAGAGAUUAACCGCACCACCAAUGCUGCCGACACCGUCUUUAGCGAGGACACUGUAAAUGGUUACAACCCGGUCAUCUCUAUCGUUCCUAUUGACGGCAAGGAUGUGACCAAGGGUAUGGUGGGAUACAUCACUAUCGGGGUAGACACGACCGCAAUCGAGUAA